AUGAUGUAUGCAGCACUCUCCCUGUUGAUACUUGGGUCGCUGGGGACAAAGCUAAUUGGGCUAGCAUCUGGAGCUGUAACAAGCCACAACCCCGGAGAAAACUGGGUGCAGCCGUCAGGCGCCACCCUUGAUGGCUGCCCUACAAGCUGUGGCAAUCUGAGCUUCAACUACCCCUUCGGCAUCGGAUCCAGGUGCUCCCGUGGGCCUGAUUUCGACCUCACUUGCAACGACACCACCGUUGAUUCCCCCAGACUCUUCUUCCGCGACGGCAUCACUGAGGUUAUUGACAACAUCGAUGUUCUUACUGAUGGGAAUUACUAUGGGCCUCACACCUUAAUCAGGGCCUCCUUCUUUCGUACCAUUCCUAUGAAAUCUAGUGCCAGUGUCUACCACAUGCCUUUUAAACCGCCUGGGAGUUACUUCACCAUUGAUAGUUCCACCAUUCUGAACAUCACUGGUUGCGAUCUUGAUGUGUAUUUGGUCGAUGAUGACAAACUCAGGACCAAGUGGGUUUGCAGAAUUGUGUGCCCUGACCAAGGAAUCACAGAAAUGGUGGCUAUGCACAACUGUAACGGCUUCGGAUGUUGCCGUGUUGAGCUGGUAACUCCUGACGCUGAUGGUUUUCACUUCAAAUUUUUCCGCCUCCACAGGAAAAGCAACACCGGAGCAAGCUCUAAGGAGACCUCUCGGUUGUGGGAUAGAAUCAGCAUAACUACCGAUGGGGGCUUUUGGGUCUCAUGGCGUAUAAGGGAUCAACCAACCUGUGUUGCUGCCAUGCGAAACAGGAGCACCUAUGCAUGUGUGAGCAAGCAUACCAAGUGUCGUGACAGUAGUUGUAGCAAAGAUGUCAAGUGCGUUGACGGAGGCAUGCCAUCAAGAGAUGGCUAUGAAUGCAACUGCAUUAAUGGCUAUCCAGGCAACCCCUACAUUCCAGAUGGCUGCUCCAACGACAAAGGUUAUAAUCCAUUUCCAAGCAGAACUAAUUGUACAAGUCAGUGCGGUAACAUUAUUGUACAAUUCCCAUUCGGCUUAGAAGAUGGCUGCUUUGCAAGAGAAGAGUUUCACCUCAAUUGCACAAAUAUGACGUCAUCUGCUGUCCUAAAGAUGUCUGAUUCUCAGGUAAUCGGCAUGAAUGUUACUGAAGGGACCAUUAAGCUCACGGAACGUGAAGCAGUAUACGCCAUAUUUGGAGGAGGGCGCAAUCUUUUUGUUGGUUUUGAGCUGUCUGUGAAAUGGGCUGCUGCUAAUCUAAGUGGUCUAGAGGCCCAACAGAAUAGAUCUGGAUAUGCUUGUGUGAGUAUGAACAGCAAGUGUGUAGCGGUCAACACUGCAGACAACUACAUUGGUUACCGCUGCAUAUGCUCAGAAGGCUUCCAAGGGAAUCCAUACAUUCAAAGUGGCUGUCAAGAUGUUGAUGAAUGUCGUGAACCAAACAUUUGUAAGGGAAUCUGCCAUAAUACCGAAGGAAGCUUCAAUUGUACUAGUUGUCCUCGGAAAACUGAAUAUGAUGCAGGAAAAAUGAGGUGUACUACAACGAAACAACAGACUCUGAUUUUAGGUAUUAUUAUUGGGUUGUCUUGUGGCUUCAGCAUUCUAUUUUUGAGCUUUACUACACUAUUUCUCGUGAGAAGACAGAAAACAUAUGUUAAAAAACAAAUACGGAAGAAAUGUUUCAGGAAGAACCAAGGUCUUCUUCUUGAAAUGUUGAUGUCAUCAGAUGGAACUACUGAAAAUGACAAAUCAAGGAUUUUCUUGUUAGAAGAACUAGAAAAAGCGACAAACAACUUUGAUCCUACAUGUGUCAUCGGACGUGGGGGCCAUGGCAUUGUUUACAAAGGCAUAUUAUCUGAUCAACGCGUCGUUGCAAUAAAAAAGGCUAUGGUCAUUGAGCAGUGUGAGAUUAGUCAAUUCAUCAAUGAGGUCGCAAUCCUCACUCAGAUAAAUCACAGAAAUAUUGUAAAGCUCUUUGGAUGUUGUCUUGAAACUGAGGUCCCAUUGUUGGUGUAUGACUAUGUAUCCAGUGGCUCACUGUCUCAAGUUCUUCAUGCUGAUUCAAGUGAUGGUUUUUCUCUGUCUUGGGGUGACUACUUAAGGAUUGCCCUGGAGACAGCUAGAGCUCUAUCUUAUCUCCACUCUUCAGCUUCAAUAUCAAUCUUCCAUCGUGAUGUGAAGUCCUCAAAUAUUCUCCUGGACGAGAACUACACAGCUAAAGUUUCAGAUUUUGGUGCUUCUAGACAGGUUCCAAUUGAUCAAACACACAUUUUUACCAAUGUACAAGGUACAUUUGGGUACUUAGAUCCAGAGUAUUUCCAUACCAGACAGCUGAACGGGAAGAGCGACGUGUACAGUUAUGGUGUGGUACUAGUGGAGUUGCUUCUCAGAAUGAAGCCUAUUUUCACAAGUGAAUCGGGCACAACCCAGAACUUGUCAAAUUAUUUCCUUCAGAAGUUGAAGGAUGGAAAAAUCACAAGUAUUGUUAGUUCUCAAGUCCUUGAGGAAGCAACUGAGGAAGAGAUCAGGAGUGUUGCCUCUCUCGCAGAGGCGUGCUUAAGGCUACACGGUGAAGAAAGACCCACGAUGAAACAAGUGGAGAUGGAGAUGCAGACUCUGCGAACGAAACGGGAGAGCUCAUGUCAAGCAAGUCCGAGAAAUGAAGGACGGACACAACCAGGAUCACUAACUCGAAGAAGUUCUAAAGCUGCUCGCCAAUCAUCUGCUAUGAUAUUUGGUGAGAGAAUCAAUUUAUGGUCAGGAGACAGCCAGCAAUGCUAUAGCUUGGAGCAGGAGUUCAUGUCAUCUGCUACUAUACCGCGGUAG